AUGUCUCCAGUACGCCGUAUUGCUCAAAUUGUGCACCUUAAGCCCUCUGCUGUAGCGGCAUACAAGGAAUGUCACGCCAAUGUGUGGCCUGAGGUUUUGCAACAGAUCAAAGAGUGCAGUAUUAAAGACUACUCAAUCUUCUUUGAUAAUGACCGCACCCUCUUCGCGACAUUCAAGUAUGUGGGCACGGACUUUGAAGGCGAUAUGGAGCUCAUGCGAGCCAACCCAAAAGUGAGGGAAUGGUGGGCCAUGACAGAUAGCAUGCAGGAGAGUCCAAUCCCCGGUGCCGUGGGCAGUGCUGACGGGCCUGGAUGGUGGAAAGUGCUUGAUGAAGUUUUCUACACCGAGUGA